ACAUAUUUUAGACCACGUCCCUACCCUUCACCUGAUCACCAUCAUCGUCAUCACCCCCCUUUUCCUCCGAUCAAAACCCCACAAAAAAUUCACCUAAAUCCAAUCAAGGGUUUCACCCCAAAUCACUCGAUCUACAAAACCCAUCAACCGAUUUCACUAAUACACACACAUAUACAUAUACAUAUAUAUACAUAUCACAUCAUGUAUAGCAAUUUCAAAGAACAAGCAAUAGAGUAUGUAAAACAAGCAGUACAAGAAGAUAAUGCAGGAAACUACUCAAAGGCAUUCCCUUUAUACAUGAACGCAUUAGAGUAUUUCAAAACUCAUUUAAAAUACGAAAAAAACCCCAAGAUUCGUGAAGCAAUUACCCAGAAAUUCACCGAAUAUUUACGCCGUGCCGAGGAGAUUAGGGCUGUGUUAGAUGAAGGUGGGGGUGGAACUGCGAAUGGUGGUGGUGAUGGGGCGGUUGCUGCCAAACCGAAAAGUAAACCUAAAGACGGCGAAAAUGGUGGUGGAGAAGAUGGUGAGAAUUCGAAACUGCGAGCCGGGUUAAAUUCGGCUAUUGUUCGAGAAAAACCGAAUGUGAAAUGGAAUGAUGUUGCUGGUCUUGAAAGUGCUAAACAGGCUUUACAGGAAGCUGUUAUUUUGCCUGUUAAGUUUCCGCAGUUUUUCACUGGUAAAAGGCGGCCUUGGAGAGCUUUUCUUUUAUACGGCCCACCUGGGACAGGAAAGUCAUACUUAGCAAAGGCGGUUGCCACAGAAGCAGACUCUACAUUUUUCAGUGUUUCUUCUUCAGAUCUUGUAUCAAAGUGGAUGGGAGAAAGUGAAAAGCUGGUGUCAAAUCUUUUUGAAAUGGCUCGUGAAAGUGCACCCUCCAUCAUUUUUAUCGAUGAGAUUGAUUCUCUCAGUGGGCAGCGUGGAGAAGGCAAUGAAAGUGAAGCUUCAAGGCGUAUUAAAACUGAAAUUCUUGUUCAGAUGCAGGGUGUUGGGCACAAUGAUGACAAGGUUUUAGUACUUGCCGCAACAAAUACACCCUACUCUCUGGAUCAGGCUAUCCGACGGCGAUUUGAUAAGCGUAUUUAUAUUCCACUCCCAGAUAUGAAGGCGCGACAGCACAUGUUUAAAGUGCAUUUGGGAGACACUCCUAACAACUUAACUGAAAGUGAUUUUGAAUCCUUGGCUCGUAAGACGGAAGGAUUUUCUGGUUCUGACAUUGCUGUUUGUGUUAAGGAUGUUUUAUUUGAACCUGUACGUAAAACCCAAGAUGCCAUGUUCUUCGUUAACACACAUGAUGAUUUGUGGGUACCAUGUGGGCCAAAACAACGUGGGGCUGUUCAGAUCACCAUGCAGGAUCUUGCUGCAAAAGGGCUGGCGUCAAAGAUUAGUCCACCACCUAUCAUACGAGCAGACUUCGACAAGGUUCUCGCAAGGCAGAGGCCAACUGUGAGCAAAAGCGACCUUGAGGUUCACGAGAGAUUCACAAAAGAGUUUGGGGAGGAAGGUUAACAAAUGGUGAGGCUGUAUCUAUUCAUGUCAAAUGUAACUUUACUACUAUGUCUUGGAUCAUUAUAUAAGUUUGAGCUUGUUUAAGCCUUUUUCAGGUGAAAAAUUUACAAAGUUACUGUGUUUUCCUUUUAUCUAAUUAAAACUUAAACGUGUGAUUAACUUUUUAAA